AAAAACGCUCUUUAAAAUCUUAAGCGGAACUAUAGCGAAACAGAGACCGAUCCGCCCGGACCUUUUACGGUGAUGCACCGGAGGAUUGUGUGACCUAAGCCUGUCAUUCUAAAACCGCUUUUGUUUGGAUCUGAGGAAGAAGGUCACACAGAAAUAUCUACCAUGACGCUUUUUCAUUUCGGAAACUGUUUUUCUUUGGCGUAUUUCCCUUAUUUCAUCACUUAUAAAUGUAGCGGAUUGUCAGAAUACAAUGCAUUUUGGAGAUGUGUCCAAGCAGGUGCUACCUACCUCUUCGUACAGCUGUGCAAGAUGCUGUUCCUUGCCACAUUUUUUCCCACCUGGGAGGGAGGUGCUGGCGUGUAUGAUUUUGUUGGGGAGUUCAUGAAGGCCACAGUGGACAUGGCUGACCUUCUAGGUCUUCAUCUGGUUAUGUCCAGGAAUGCUGGGAAAGGAGAAUAUAAGAUCAUGGUGGCAGCAAUGGGCUGGGCUACAGCAGAGCUCAUCAUGUCAAGAUGUAUACCUUUAUGGGUGGGAGCACGUGGCAUUGAGUUUGACUGGAAAUACAUCCAAAUGAGUUUUGAUUCCAACAUCAGUCUGGUGCAUUAUAUUGCAAUGGCAGCAGUUGUGUGGAUGUUCACCCGUUACGACCUUCCGAAAAGCUUUCGUCUUCCAGUCACCAUCCUUCUGGGGUUGUGUGUUUAUAAGGGCUUUUUAAUGGAACUGUUUGUUCAUGUUUUCCUUCUGGGCAGCUGGACGGCCCUUCUGGUGAAAGCUGUCCUUACUGGUGCCAUCUCCCUCAGUUCACUCUUUCUGUUUGUUACACUCGUUCACAGCAGCUAAACUUUCAAAACUGUCUGCGCUGUAUGGUGCCACCUACAUGUCAAGUAUUUCAGGAGCAAAACCACAUUCCUUCAAUGAAAACUGUUCACGGUAACUGCCAUCAAGAAGUGACUGUGAAAAAAUCACUUCAUCCAAAAAUGAAAAUUCUGUCAUUAUUUUAUCACACUUAUUACACACCCAUGUGUAUUUUUUUCUGUGUUAUGCAUAAUGAAUGCUGAAUCAGCUCUGGUUUACUUAAAAGAAGAUACAUACGUGUACAGCAAUAACAAAAAGCACCAUUAAAGUAACCUAUUUUGACUUGUGCAUUAUAUUUCAGAUGUUCUGAAGCCAUACAUUGUGUGUGUGAGUCACAGAAAAUCUUCAUUAAAUGAAUUUUUAAACAUCCAUAUAGUUUGUAAGUUCUCACACAAAAAGACUUGAAAUAUAACACACAAGUCAUAUGAACUACAACAUGACGUUAUUUCCAUUUUUGGGUAUACAGUUUAUUUAAUAAUAAAGUUGUUUGUACGCUACUAAUAAAUUAAUACAUAAAUACA